AUGAGUUUUCUCUGUUGCGCCGGGUUGGACGAGAGCUCCGAGUAUGAAGUCAAACCUGACAGAAUGAUCGAGUUGUUCCCGAGCCUGGACGCAUCAUACUGGUUUACAACUUCUCCCGUUGAUGAGCUGGCGAAGUCCAUUGAUGCACCUGAACAGCUGGGCGAUACUGACCUAGCAACGGAAUUGCCGAUCAACCAGAGGGCGCAAUCAUCAGACGGAAUUGAGGAUUACCUACAACCUCCAACUUCCGGAGUAACGCUGACCUUUCGCCUGCCGAACGGCUUGUACGUGGAUGUCGACUUCGAGUCAAGACCCUUGGGGCUUCGAUUCUCCGACACGACACCCUUGACCGUCACGCAUGUUCGCUCGGACUAUGAUAACACUGCCAGAGUCAGUCUUGGGUGGGUCGUGACACACGUGAACAAGCAGCAACUGCCACGUUCCAUUCUCGAUGCAAACGCUAUGGUCCGGGACGCAGUCAGCCAGCUGAAAACGUGCAACGCGGACGAAGUCAGACCUCUCGGCCGCGGAUGUGGCGCCCACGAAGCAGCGAGACAGACAGUCUCCCUGGUCUCCGAGGAAGUCUUCUGA